CAUUGAUCAAACACAAAUGUUAUAGGUUAUGUUUAUCGCUAAAGUUAUUUAGCAAAUAAAAUUUCUCAAAAAACAUGUCGAUAUAAACUACAGAUGCUUUUGUUAACUGAAUGAUGUUGAGUGUUAUGUGAGAUUUAUUACUUCAAAAAUAAAAUCAUUUAAAUCAUGUAACUUCUUAGUGAAAUUCACAUCAUAAAAUGAAAGGUUAAGUUGUGGAUAAAACGAAAGCAUAAAAUUCUUUGAAUUCUCUAAACGCAUGUUUUUUAUAAAGAAAAAUAACUGAAAAAAUUUUUGUAAAAACUGACUAAGAAAUAAGCAAGUGAACAUGUUUAAAAACACUUUUCAAAGUGGAUUUUUAUCAAUUUUGUAUAGUAUUGGUAGCAAGCCAUUACAAAUUUGGGACAAAAAAGUAAGAAACGGGCACAUAAAACGAAUUACGGAUAAUGAUAUACAAAGUUUAGUACUGGAAAUAUUGGGUAGUAAUGUCAGUACUACAUAUAUAACAUGUCCAGCAGAUCCUAGAAAAACAUUAGGUAUAAAAUUACCAUUUCUAGUGAUGAUAAUUAAGAAUUUAAAAAAAUAUUUUACAUUUGAAGUUCAGGUAAUUGAUGACAAGAAUGUACGCCGUAGAUUUCGUGCUAGUAAUUAUCAAUCUACAACUAGAGUAAAGCCAUUUAUUUGUACAAUGCCAAUGAGAUUAGAUGAUGGAUGGAAUCAGAUUCAAUUUAAUUUAGCUGAUUUUACUAGACGUGCAUAUGGAACAAAUUAUGUGGAAACAUUAAGGGUUCAAAUCCAUGCAAACUGUAGAAUACGAAGAGUAUACUUUUCUGAUAGACUAUAUUCAGAAGAUGAAUUGCCAGCAGAAUUUAAAUUAUUUUUGCCAAUUCAGAAUAAGGCAAAAUGUUAAUGUUAGUUCUAAUUUUUUAACACUUUACAGAAAAAUGUUUAAGAAAAGACAAGAAUAAACUAUAAAUAUUUAUAAAUUAA